GGCGGGGAGCGGAGGGCCGGAGGCCUGGUCCCGCGGCCUGGGGGUGGUGCUCGGGACCUCGCAGUGAGCUGGGACGCAGGCCUGGCCCGGCCGAGGGGACUUUCCGGCCAGCUGAGAGCGGAACCGAACCUCUGUCCCAGGGGACUCGCGGACUCGGAGCCCAGCGGGGCCGACCCGUGUCCAGCAGCCCCGGCGCCCUCGGCCGCUGCGGUGCUGGCAAUGAUGAGAGUCCUGCGGCUUCUUGGACCCCAUUUCCUGUGUGGCCUGCUUGGGGCCUUCUGUGUCCUGGGUGCCCGGGCCGAGGAGCCUGGAGCCAGCAAUACCCACCCCGGCAUGGCCCUGGACAAGCACACAGUGCAUGACCAAGAGCAUAUCAUGGAGCAUCUCGAAGGUGUCAUCAACAAGCCCGAGGCGGAGAUGUCCCCGCAGGAAUUGCAGCUCCAUUAUUUCAAAAUGCACGACUAUGACGGCAACAACCUGCUGGACGGGCUGGAGCUGUCCACGGCUAUCACGCACGUCCACAAAGAGGAAGGGAAUGCGCAGGCACCGCCGAUAAACGAAGAAGAGCUCAUCAACUUAAUAGAUGGCGUUUUGAGAGACGAUGACAAGAACAAUGAUGGCUACAUUGAUUAUGCGGAAUUCGCAAAGUCACUGCAGUAGACAUAUCUGUCAUCUUCUGGUUUCAGGCUAAUGUGACCCAUUAUAAUGUGAUUGAACAUUUUUAGCGACACAUUUCCAACGGCUGCUUUGGUGUUUUGGUGAAAAUCUGUAGCAGUUUGUUACACUGGGGUGAGACAGAAGAAAUCAAGAGAAAUGGAAGAGAAAAGGGGCAUAUUGCACUCCCCAAGUAAUGUCAGAUCCCUUAUUGGACAAGAGUUUGAUUUAAAAAUCCUUCUAAGAGUAUCGAUCAUUGAAGCAGAGUACUUUGAAUUCUGUAGAAUACUGCUAUCUCUUGAUUUUAACUCAUGCUCCGUGAAAAAUAAGACAAGCUUUGCCAAGUGGACACAUUUCUCAGCUCAGUCCUGGUGAAUGAAUGGGGUGAAUGAAUGCCAAAGGUUUUCCCCGUGGGUCCUCCUCCUUCAGGCUAACAUGGUCAGUAUUCUGUAAAGUUCUCCUGGUCUAAGCAGUUGCCUCUGGGCAAGUCAGCCAAUGUGGAUGAGGUGGCUUCAGAGCCGCAGCCGAAGAAGGUCAAGUAUUGAGCUUGGCUCCCGGCAGAGUUGCUGAUUCUGUCUCCUGGCACCUUGGGAGUGACAUAACCACUGAUCCAAGUGAGGAAUCCUUUUCAGUUUUUUUCACUGAAAAGUAGUUUUUAUAAAACUACUGUCGCUUCCUGAUACUUUAUUUCUAUUACGUCUUCUUCAAUCUGGGAGAUUUUUAAGAUGUAAAAGUGUUCUUUAUUCUAAAUCAAUGGGAAAUAUUUUAGCUUGCUUAAUAUUUGUAUUUAACUUUUGUCUUUGGGUGUCAUUUUUGCAGUUUAGAAACUAUUAGGAAAGUUAGGACUUGCUUUCUUCUCUGCCCGACUCAGUGGGGUACAGCUCCUAGUAGGUGUAGCCUGAGAAAGAAGGCGAAAGAUUGUUCCCCUUGCCCAGUGAGGAUCCUGGGACAAGUUACAUUUAACAGAAUGUUGUUUGAAUUACCUCUUUUAUCCUGAAUACAUUUUUCCUAAUCAGGGAAGAUUAGAAAAAAGAUUAAAACCUGGUUUUGGUGGGCCACACCUGGCGAUGCUCAGGGCUGACUCCUGGCCCUGCAUUCAGGGAUCACUCCUGGUGGUGCUCAAGGGACCAUAUGGAUGCCGGGGUCGAAUCUGGGUUGGCUACAUGUAAGACAAGUGCCCUACUCAUUGUAGUCUCUCUCUGGCCCCAAGAAGUCUAAAAUCUUAGCAGUGUGAAUCUGAUAGUUAAGGAGCAGCUGUAGCGCCAUCGUGAUUGGCUUUGUGGGAUAUGAUGGGGAGACCCUGAGGUUAGAGAAGCCAGGAGGUUGGGCUGGAUGGGGGUACCAUGGCGACGUGCUGGAGGCUGUAGAGACCUAUUUUCCUUACUAAAAUAUUCUUAUAAGAAAGCUUGGGUAUUUGUAAACAUAAUUUCUUGUGUCAAGUAUUUGUGCAAUCAGAGCUGAAUUAUAAACUAUUCUUGUAAUAUCUAAUUAUUUUGAAAGAUUUAUAUGAUGAGUUCUGGAUAUAUGACCAAUAAAGUGAUGAAACAGCUUAAAGCA